AGGCCUGGGGCGGGAGUGGAAGGGGGGAGGAUGGGCCACGCCAGGCCACUGGGGAAACGUGCUUCGCGACUUUCUGCUUAGUGCGCUUGUUCGUGCGGGCUGUGAGCCCGUGAGACCGCGGAAUAUAACGCCGAGAACCCCCCUCGGGGUCCUCUGAUCUGCCUGGGGGUGGGCGGCAGCGGGCAGGUGUCCUACCGGGCGGGCCUGCAGUCCUAGAUUGCAGGAGAAAAGCAUCGUGCGCAAAGGGGCUGGCCUAACGACAGUAUGGCGCUGUUUCGAUAUUUAUGCCAAGUCUACAAACAAUUGCUUCCAUCCCGUUUAGAAACUAGCUCAAUGAAUGUAAACAUUUGGGCCAAAAAGAUACAUUCUUCAGCAAAAAGGCUGGAAGUAACUUAUGAAUAUGAAGUUAAAGAACAAACAAUGCAUAACCAUGAAGUUCAGAAGUUACAUCUAAGUGCAGAUAAUGAAGACUGUAGAAGACCACACAUACCAGUGAUGGUGAAAGAAGUUGUUAAUUUUUUAUCACCCCAGCCAGGGCAGCAUAUGCUUGAUAUGACGUUUGGAGCAGGAGGUCAUACUGCAGCCCUUCUACAGAAAGUAACUGAUAUUACAAUAUAUGCACUAGACAGAGACCCAGCAGCUUAUAAAAUAGCUCAGCAACUUUCGGAAUCAUAUCCGAAACAGAUUCAGGCUCUUCUAGGACAGUUCAGCCAAGCAGAAACUCUGUUAAUCUCAGCUGGAGUAGAGCCAGGGACACUAGAUGGAGUUCUUUUGGAUGCUGGGUGUUCCUCUAUGCAGCUUGAUACUCCUGAAAGAGGUUUUUCCCUGAAAAAGGAUGGCCCUUUGGAUAUGAGGAUGGAUAGCGGCAGGUACCCUGACAUGCCCACCGCUGCUGAUGUUGUGAAUGCUUUAGAUCAACAGGCGCUUGCGUCCAUCCUGAGAACAUACGGGGAGGAGAGGCACGCCAAGAAAAUAGCUUCAGCACUCGUUCAGGCACGCAGCAUCUACCCCAUCACCAGAACUCAGCAGCUUGCCAGCAUUGUUGCAGGAGCUUUUCCAGCUGGAGCUUUGUAUGCCCGAAAAGACUUACUUCAGAGACCCACACAUGUUGCCACCAAAACUUUCCAAGCCUUGCGUAUAUAUGUGAAUGAUGAGCUCCAUGAACUCUAUGUGGGUUUGAAGAUAGCUGAGAAGUUUCUGAAACCUGGAGGUCGACUUGUAGCGCUUUCUUUUCAUUCAUUAGAGGAUCGUAUCAUCAAACGAUUCCUUCAAGGAAGAGAUGUUUCGGAAAAGUCCAAUCUUAACAUAAGACAAAAGAUAAGAGAAGGACAAAAGAAAUAUUCAGAACAAGAUGUGGAAGAAUUCUCCAGUGAAAAAUCCAACUCUAGAUGGACAUCUAUUCAGAAAAAAGUCCUUACUCCACAGGCUGCAGAUAUUCAAGAGAACCCAAGAGGACGGUCUGCCAAACUAAGAGCUGCAAUCAAACUGUGAAAUAGAAUGAAAAUAAAAUUGUCUGCUAUUCUCUUUAUAUUUGAUGCUUUUGUAAAUUUUAAUCUUUCAGGCAAUAUAAAGAUGUUCAAAUUGAAAAAUAAAGGAAAGAAAAAAUAGA